AUGUGUAAACACAUCCUCAACGCCCAAGUGUCGAUCCGCUCACCAUGCUGCCGUAAAUGGUUCGACUGCCCGGAGUGCCACGCGGAGCAGGAGUCGCACCCGCUGCUGCAGCGGUUCGAGAUGACGUUCGCGUGCAAGAAGUGCCGCAAGUGCUUCCGCAAGGACGCGUCCGAGUUCGAGGAGGCCGACGAGUACUGCCCGCACUGCGACAACCACUUCGUGAUCGAGGCCGUGACCCCCAAGGCGGCCAUCGGCGUCGAGGGCGACGACGUGCGCGUCGACAACCGCAUGCUCAAGGACGACCGCGUCGCGGGCAAGGGCGGGCCCGGCGGCGGCCGGGCCCAGGGCAAGCUGACUGUGUUUGACCCCGAUCCGGAGGCGGACAAGCUGGGUUGA